CAGGAAAUGGCAAAUUCAUUGGCAGCAUGCCCACUGCUAGGCCUACAACGACGUCUAGAUAUGUUUUUACAGUAAUUUCGCCGUCUGUAACCGAGGGGAAAACAGUUAACUCACAGUAAGCUAGGACAUCGACACGUAGCAACCCUUGCUGUUCUAUAUUGACAUCCAAAGGGAAGGAAAACGGUCCAACUGGUUAGCUAGCUAACGCCACAAUCAGUGCCACACAUACGUAGUUGGUUCGCUGUCCAUGGUGCUGAAGUUGAUCAUAUUUGCAUUGCAGCCAUAAACCAAGGAGUAGCUAAUAAUAUGAGCGUCAACACUGUCCCCUGUACUGUGAAGCCUGCUGUCACCCUGCAGAUUGAAGAUGCUAAGACUGAUUCAAGUCGUCCCGGUGUCUAUGUCGUAGAUGUUACACUUCCUAUAGGACAGACUGUCAACAUCCAGGAGAUCUCCUUUAAGAACUACUACACAGCAUACGUGUCGAUGCGUCUACUGAGGAGAGAUGGGGAGGGGGCAGCUAAGUGGGCUACAUGUCUGAGGAACCACUGUUUGAUGCCCAGCCCACACACUGAAGAGGGGUCACAAGACUACUGCUCUGUCUACAGACAACAGAUGCUGAUGGAGCCAGAUCAUGUGACUUCAGUGAGACUGAUCCUGCGACAGCCUUCGUCAGCCUGGCUGAAUUUCACUGUGGAGGAGAUUAAACUACACCCCUGUUUAAAUGAGGAUUCAGAGUGGGACAUUCCUGAUUGGUUGUCAGACCUCACACAGGUUGACCAACUGUGUGAUUUACAGGGUCUUCCAGAUCCUCAGACGGUAUCUUCCAGUAUUCAGCAGAUGUGGGCGUUAACAGAGGUCAUGCAGACCAACCAGACCACUGCUUCCAUAGGACGCUUCGAUGUUGAUGGCUGCUACGAUAUCAACUUGCUGUCCUUCACUUAACAAGGAAUUGACUGGAGGUUAAUUUUACAUGGAGCCAUCUAUGGUGUUGCUGGUAAAAUGUGAAAAUCACCAUUGCUCUCCCAAAGUGUAUUUGAUUAAUUGCCUGUUAUAUUUAAGUUUUAUGAAAAGUAUAUUUAUUUGUGAAAAACUAAACUUUGAAUAGUUUGUUUUUUGUUUUGUUUAUUUUUUAACAACUUGCCCACCUUUGCCACUCAUGAUUGUAACGUUGUUUAUUAUAGAAGUCCAACAGAAGAGAGAUGCAUGUUGGCCUUCAGCCAGAUGAGGGCAGUAGUGAGCGCUAAGGAGACGCUGUGAACUAACUAUCUGAGAUGUGGAUAUAGCAUGCUGGCUGCUGUUGUUGGUGGUUUGCCGUCUCCAACUCUCUUAUUGUAAGUUAUUCAUGAAUAAUACGAAUGUCUAAUUACCCUUCAAUGCAAAACAUAAUUUCCAUCAACAUUGUACUGAAGAAUGAGGUGAAGGAAUUGAUAUGCUAUACUUAUUCAUGGACGCCCAACCUUUUGACGUAACAUAUUAUGGGCCUUACAAGACGACAUCAUAAAGGCUCAUAUAGAAAGUCAUUCAUUCAACAGAUGGGUUCUGUUAUUAUAUUCAAAUGAUAUUCCUGUAUCCUACAAGCAGUCGUAUGUACGUAGAUUAACCAGCCGUUGGGUGCAGACCAUUUGGUCGGUCUUUUACAGAACGAAUGAAAUAAAUGUAUAUUGAAAAGGAACGUU